AUGGAUUACGCGCGAAAAAUCGGUAAACCUGAUGAGCCUCUAACCUGGGAGAAGACUUGCAAAUCGCCUAUACUAACUAGAGAUAAUUUUCUCUCUGAGGAUACAUACUUUUCGGAAGAUAAUCGCUUAAUAAAUUGGAAGAAAUGGCUUGCCAAUCAGAAGAAGCAAAAUCGUCACAUCGAAUUUGUUACCGGUCGUCCGUAUGCUGAUCAGCUGCAGAGUUCAUCGGAAAGGUUUCGCUCUUUCAUUGAGAUGAAAGAUCUGAUGGAACACGCUGCUACAUCGGUACUGUCUACCGAUAAGUAUCGCGGUGGACCAGAAUUUUGGAGAACGCCCGAAUUCCUGCCGGAUCGCGGCGAUGCUUCCCUGCCGAAAGUGGCCUUGACUCUUAGCAAGAAGGACCUGAAUCUUCCUCCAGAUCUAAUGCAUGUUGGAUUGCCGAAUCUAAUAGCAACGGAGCGGAGUAUCGCUGCUCAAAAAAUCAAAAAGGAAUUUUGGAAACGCAGCGAGUACCUAAAGACGCGUAAGCUCGAACUUGCUGAGAAAGUCGCAUUGCUGUUGCCUAAAGAGCCAGAAAUGGCAACGUUGGCUAUUCAAGGACAUGCCUAUAAAAAAGAGAAAUUACCGCUGCUACGGAUUCCGCCGAUAACUAUCUCAGAGCCUCGAAAGGAUAAACCAUGCGAGGAUGUCGAUCAGAUGGCAGUUCUGAAAAUUCAAGAUCGAGAAUUCGUUUGGUGGAGAUCUCUGUUCAUGACAGAAUCAAUGGAUAACGAUCCUAUCACUUGGUCUCUAACUUUUGCGAGUAAAGUUGACGAACGAAUCGAAAGAGAGAUCGUCUUCGAGAAUAAAGGAACCCACGUUAUCGUAUAUCAUUGGCGAUCCUCACCUUUUCAGAAAUACGGCGUGUCUUUCGAGAUACAUGGCAGUCCGUUCUUCUUCAACAAGACGAAGGGACUCAUACUCCCGGGGCAGUUCGUGAGAUUGAAAGUGUGGUAUCGAUCCAGGACACGCGGAGUCUUCACCGAGUUCUGGCAACUUGUCACGGAGCCGAAAUUGAGUUUCUCCACAUUUAUAUUUCGGUUCUGGGGCUGCACGACCGCUGUUCGAAGCGCAGAACUGAUCGAUCACCAAACGAUCGACGAAUACCUAAGUCGCUGCAUUCGAGACUCGACGAUACACUCAAUCAUCGAUGAAAUCAUUGUCGGAGUGGAGCAAAGCGAGCUACCAGAGCCGCUUUAUGAACCACUUUCACAAAGUGACAUAUUUCUCUCUCUGAAUCCCUGUUAUCAUUAUCAUCCGAGUAUCGUGAUGCAAUUACAGAGAAUAUAUUUUGACGUUACCGGUGAAAGCACAUCGGCUUGGAAUUUAUCAUUGGAUACCCUAGGAGACAUCCUUUUGCAGAUAGAAGAUACAAAUUACAGACGCGAUGUUUUAUCCCGGUUUAACGAACUUUGCAAACAAAGUCUCAGGCCAAGAUUAACUAAAUUUGAUGUCGCACAGUACAAUAAGUAUGACGCUGUGUACAACAUUUUAUGUGCUUUCGCGAAUCUGUUUGAAAAUGAAAGUGAACUAGUAAAAAGGAACAGUCUGAUACGAGAAGAGCUUGAAAUUCCGAUGGAAGUAGAACAAAAAUUGACGGUCUUGUCUCAAAGUUUGGAAGAAAUGCACAGUAAAGAGUUAACUGAGGAAGAAACUGUACGAGUGCGAGAAGAAAAAGAAAGCUUAGAUUUAAAUUUGCAACCUUACAGAGAAAUGUUUUUUAUUCGUAUAUAUAAAGCCUUGGAGGAAGCAAUAGAACGAGUUUGCGCCAGUAUCGAUUCUUAUCCAUUUUCAAGCAGAUAAUUCCAAAUUUAUAAUGAAUAUUACAAUUUAUUAAAAUGCAUUGUGUAUAUAUAUUUGCCGUAUAGUUAUAUAAUAUAUUUAAAGAUUAUUUUAUUGUACAUAUAUUGCAAAAAUUUGAAGACAAUUCUAAAUAAUUUGCAUUAAAGUGUUGUA